AAAUUCACUAGAUCCCAAACUGAUCCCCUCAACCCAUGGGACCCAAAGGUCCCCACUAACAAACAGUCUGUGGCCAGACACCACAGGUCGCCCUCAGAAGGCCCAUGUUAAAUUGCAAAUGUUCUGGAGUUCACCUCAAAAAUACUUAUUUUAAACUUUAUUUUUCUAUUAUUAUUAUUAUUCCUGUCAGCGUUUUUAGACGAUGACGGUGGCAGCAACAAUUCGCAUAACCAGAAAGUGUGACCUGAAUAAACAUGAAACCGCUGUUCUUCCUCUUGCACGGGGUCGCGGCCAAAACAAAAUAAAUAGAAAAAAAAAAACACACAUUUGCGGUUUGCUCCACUAGAUGGCGAGAAAUACAAUAGAAUAAAAGCACGUACGCCGAACCUUGUGAAAUGGCGUCCCGAUGAGAUGGUGCCGAAGUUAUUUGCCUCGUCACCACUAGUCUAAAAUAAUUAGACCUGUGAAGAAGCUUUAUUUUACGAACGCAACGGAAUUUGGGAGGUGGGGGGGAGACAUUACAUUAACCGCAACGUGUGCUGUUAACUGGGGCUGCUGAAAGUUUUCUCACAUGGCUACGCAACAGUUGACGCCGGCAUCUCGCUUUUUUUUUUUUUUUUAGCUGCGUGUUGGUUCAUUUAUCUCUGUGACUGUCUUCCCCGCUGUUCGAGCGGAGCAGCAGAGAUAACACAACACCAGGCGGAGGACGCGCUUCGCAAGAGAACGCCACACAUUUUAUAGGAGCUAUGUUUACGCCUCUCAUCUGUUCGCCGCCUCACUCGACUGAAUCUCCCGCGAAGCCCCUUGGGAAGUGUAGUUAAGACGCCGCUCCUUCCUGGCGGCGGCGACUCCGGAUCUCGCGCCGGCGCAAUACGCUUCCCACAAUCCACCGCGUUGUUGUUAGCGACCCCAUCUUGUGUCCUCCUCAUGAAUAUAUAUCAGCCAGCAUUUGCGUAGGAGGUCGGCCGACGUUCAUUUCAUAUUCCAGCGCUGUAUUCUGGUCUAAAUGGGACGCACAGUCACGUCUCCGCCCUGAUCUGUCCCCGCGCGCCCAGCCUCUUCCCAGCGAAUGUAAUCAGUAAAAUGUUUUUUCUGGAGCAGUGGAGGAGACUCCGACAUGGAAAGGGAGGCGAGAAGUGAAUGACUACUCGCAGGAUAACUCGGCAACACCGCCCAGUUGGCGGACAUUUACACCGCGGUGGGCACGCAGUCGGGCUUUUAAAUGUAGAGGUUUUAGGCGAAACCAAGUGCGCACCGUUAUUUAUUUAGAGUGGGGGACUUUUCAUUGGCGGGGAUGGAAAGUGUGCAGGCUGUCGCGGAGGAUGGCGCGUCGGAUGGAGGCGCGACCAAGUUAAUGAAGAAGCCCAGCGGACUGUCUGUCGCCCGGGGGACUCCGGCGGAUGAUGGCGGUGGACAUUUGGCACCCUCCCGCGUAGAGGCAAAGAACGGGAAUAGCCUCUCUCAUUCCGCCUCCACAGCGGGGUCGAGUGCGUCAAACCGAGCCGCGGCGUCUAAUGGCCGGGGCUCGUCCAGCAACUCCAGCUCUCUCCUGUUGAGACGGAGGCGCUUGAAGAGGAACCUCUCCGCCGCAGCUGCAGCCACCACCGCCGCCUCAGCUGUCACCGCCGCCUGCGGCGCGAAGAUGAACUCGGCCCUGUCCUCUGCGUCUUUGCAUACUCGGAGCCUGGACAGGAAGACCCUGCUGAAGCACCGGCAGAACAUGCAGCUGCAGCCCGCCGAUCGCGAGUGGGUGAGAGCGGAUCUCCACCGGGGCUCCAUACACGUCCACGACAGACUGACGCCCUCAUAUCCCAGGCCGGUCCUUUGCACUAUGGACACCACAGCCGGCGAGGUGGCGCACCGACUGAGUAAACUCUGCAGCAAGUCGGGCUCCGUCAUGCGCAUUUUUUGUAAAGACAGCUCCAAAACUGACCAAAAUGGCAACUGCAAUGUGAAGUACGACUAUGAUGAUAAUCAACGCCAGGUGAAAGAGGACUCGAGUAUAAAGUGCAGCCACCUGACUCCCCUGGAAUCCACAGAAUUACUGAGCAAUCCGACCACCGACCGGCUGAGACUGUUGCUCAUGGAGAACGCAGGUGACAGGGAAAAGCAACAGGACAUUGACGGGAAACUUUUCACCUCGGAAUCAGAGUCCCAAGACAACAUAACCUGUUCACUGUCAGACUUAAACUCCAACUCCAACAUGGAUACCCCCAACGACGACGACUCAGAGCACAGGAACGGCGCGGACAGCUAUGGAUUAAACUCAGGCUCAGAUGUGGAGAGCAGUGCAUUUGAUGACCUUAGCUCGGGGGCCCGGCUCAGCGAGCACAGGGACUCCCUCAGCGACGACAUGAUCCUGGGGACAGAGGCGUCCAUCCUCAGCCCCUCGUUUGACAGUGCCACGGAGGGCCACGACAUAUAUGGCAGCUCCUCGGACGAGCUGGAGCUCGACUGUCCCACGUCCGGCGCAGGCAUGGACCACGCCAAUGGCAUCACUGCUGUCACUGCCAGCUACAAGCAGUGCAGCGUGGGACAUUUAAACGACAUGACAAACAACAUGGGGCCGGACAGCAGACUCAGCCCGCACGGCCUGGGCAGCCUGCCACCCAGCAGCAGUGCCGGCUCAUUGACAAGAGCCUGUUCCACAGGUAACACACCUGACACCCAAGAUCCAGAGUGUGGUCAAGGUGGUGUGAAGUCGGGGCCGACAGCGCAUCACAACGGAGAUUCCUGUGACUCCGGCCCCACACUGUAUGUUCAACUGCACGGUGAAGCUGUCAGGAGGCUUAGCCCAGAUGAGAGGCCUCUGCAGAUCCAGAAUGACUUUCUCUUUAAGCUUGGAUUUAAGGACCCGUGGAGAGUUCAAGAGGAAGGGCUUAACACGGAAAUUGGCUCCCUGUUACGCUUUUAUGCAGGGAAGCCGCAAACCAUCGAGUGCUCCGAGCGGGUCCAGUUGUCUGGGACCUACAACGUCCGGAAAGGGAAACUCCAGCUACCGGUCAACCGCUGGACCAGACGGCAGGUCAUCCUGUGCGGCACCUGCCUCAUCGUGUCCUCUGUGAAAGAGAGCCAGACGGGGAAGAUGCACAUCCUGCCACUCAUUGGAGGAAAAGUGGAGGAGGUGAAGAAGCACAAUCACUGCUUGGCCUUCAGCUCGGCGGGGCCUCAGAGUCAGACCUACUACGUCAGCUUUGACAGCUUCACGGAGCACCUGCGAUGGCACAGACACGCUGCCAAGAUGGUCUCCCAGAGAAUCAACUCGGUGGAUCUGUCCUGCUGCAGUCUGGAGCAUCUCCCUCCGAACCUCUUCUACAGCCACGACCUCACUCACCUGAACCUCAAACACAACUUCCUGCCGGCAGACCAGCGCCUGCAGCAGCUGCAGAGGUUUUCUCGUUUACGGAGCCUCAACCUAUCCAACAACCACCUUGGCCAGUUCCCCCUGGCCAUCUGUGACAUCCCCACUCUGACGGAGGUCAACCUCAGCUGUAACUACCUGGCCUCUGUCCCCGGCUCUGUGGGUGCCAUGACCAACCUCCAGACCUUCCUGUUAGACGGAAACAGUCUAAAUGACCUCCCCGGUGAGCUGGGUUCCCUCCAGAGGCUGAGUUACCUGGGUCUUUCCUUCAACCAGUUCAACCACGUGCCCCAGGUGCUGGAGCGCUUGACCUCCAUGGAGAAGCUGUGCAUGGCCGGCAACCACCUCGAAACGCUCACCCUGCAGAACUUCAGGCUGCUCCACGUCAAACACAUCGAUCUAAGGUUGAAUAAGAUCUCCAUCAUGGUGCCAGAUGAGCCGGACCUGCUGCGGCACGUGACCCAGCUGGAUGUGAGGGAUAACAGGCUGACUGACCUGGAUGCGUCGGUCUUUCCCCGACUGGAGGUGCUUCACUGCGAGAGGAAUCACAUCGCCAGCCUCCGGGCCAAGGGUUGCUUGCUCAAAGGCAUAUACGCCUCCAACAACGAGCUGCGACAAUUGGAUGUCAGUCCCUUGCCCUCCAAUCUCAGCUACAUGGAUAUCUCGAGGAACCAUAUGGAGUCCCUGCCAGACUGGCUGUGUGAAGCAAAGAAACUGGAAGUCCUGGACGUGAGCCACAACCUCAUCGCCGAGCUCCCUGCGCGGUUGUUAUGCAGCAACAGCCUGAGGAAGUUGAGCGCAGGACACAACCAGUUGCAGAAGCUGCCCGAAAGAGUGGAGCGCCCUCUGCUGGAGGUUUUGGAUGUACAGCACAAUCAAUUGGUGGAGCUGCCCUGCAGUCUGUUCCUCAAAUCUGACAGCUUACGAAGCGUAAACGCGUCGGCCAAUAAGCUGGAGCACCUGCCUCCAUCCAGUCUGUCAGACGAAAGCCACAGCAUCCUGCAGGAACUCUACCUGACCAACAACAGGCUGACGGACAAGUGUGUGCCCAUGCUUACAGGACAUACGCACCUGCGAGUUUUGCACAUGGCCUACAACCAUCUCCAGACCUUCCCCGCCAGUAAAAUGGCCAAGUUGGAGGAGCUGGAGGAGGUGGACCUGAGCGGAAACAUGCUCAAGACGGUCCCCACCACAAUUAUGAACUGCCGGCGGAUGCACACACUCAUCGCCCACUCCAACGCAAUUGAGGUCUUUCCGGAGGUCAUGCAGCUGAUGGAGAUGAAAUGCGUGGAUCUGAGCUGCAAUGAGCUGAGUGAGAUCACGCUGCCGGAGAACAUGCCUCCGAAGCUGCAGGAGCUGGACCUCACGGGAAACCCUCGCCUCAACCUGGACCACAAGACCCUGGAGCAGCUUAAUAAUAUUCGCUGCUUCCGCAUUGAUCCGCCGCCGACCUUCUCGUCGAACGAGGCAUCCGGUGGGCCUGCUGUGUGGAGCCAUGGUUACACAGAGGCCUCGGGCGUCAAGAACAAGCUCUGUGUUGCGGCCCUAUCGGUAAACAGUUUCUGCGGGAGUCGUGAAGCUCUCUACGGCGUGUUUGAUGGUGACAGGAACGUGGAAGUGCCCUACCUUUUGCAGUGCACGAUGAAUGACGUGCUGGCGGAAGAACUACACAAGACCAAAAGCGAAGAGGACUACAUGACCAACACCUUCCUCGUCAUGCAAAGGAAACUUGGGACCGCGGGACAGAAACUGGGCGGCUCAGCAGCUCUGUGUCACAUCCGGCACGACCCCACGGACCCCGGCGGCUGCUUCACCCUCACGGCCGCCAACGUUGGCAAGUGCCAGGCCAUCCUGUGCCGUGACGGGAAGCCUUUGUCCCUGUCCCUGCUUCACAAUGUAGGGCUUGAGGAAGAGUACCGCAGGAUCCGGCAGCACAGGGCUAUCGUCACUGAGGACAACAAGGUGAACGGCGUGACGGAUUCGACGCGAAUCAUGGGCUACUCCUUCCUCUACCCCUCCGUCAUCCCUUGCCCCUACGUGCAGACGGUCACUCUCACCUCUCAGGACGAGUUCUUCAUUCUGGGCAGCCGCGGCCUGUGGGACGCCGUGUCUCCGACCGAAGCCGUGGAGGCCGUCCGGAACGUCCCCGACGGCCUGGCCGCCGCCAAGAAGCUCUGCACGCUGGCGCAGGGUUACGGCUGCACCGACAGCCUCAGCGCCGUGGUGGUCCAGCUCAGCGUGAGCGAGGACUGCUGCUCCUGCUGCUGCUCCGAGCCUCCGCAGCCGCCGCCCAGCCCCGGCCUGGGCCCGUAUCCCUCGUCGUCCUCCGGCAUCAAGGAGCGGCCCUCGGACGGCUCCCUCCCCGUGCCCCCCUCCUCCUGCAGCGAAAUCAGCAGCGAGAUCAGCACCAGCGAGAUGAGCAGCGAGGUGGGCUCCACCGCCUCCUCCGAUGAACCCCCGCAGAGCUCCCUGGUGCUGCUGCAGGAGCAGCCCCACCACCCUCACCUCCACCUGCACCACCCGGCCCACCUGCUGUCCCUGCAGCACCAGCAGACCCACGCCGCGACCCAGCCCUGCCAGUACCUGUUCCCGGGCUCGGAGCUACCCUCCGCCCGCAGUUGCUGCGCCCUCCACCCUGCCUGCUUGGCUGGCUCCUUUCAGAGGCAGCUCUCCAGUGCCACUUUCUCCAGCGCCUUGUCCGACAACGGGCUGGAUAGCGAGGAUGAAGAGCCCAUCGCCGGCGUCUUCUCCAACGGGAGCCGCGUGGAGGUGGAGGCAGACGUCCACUGCCUGAAAGGAGAGUCCUCCUCCUCCCCUUCGCCUCAAACACCAGCACCCGCAUCCUCCAGCCAGGAACGCACCCAGCUCACCCUCCCCCCACCUCCUCCACCUCCACCGUGCACCCCGGAGCCUCUAGAGGAGGGAGUCGACCAAGGAGAGGCCGAGAACGGGCUUGAGAGAGAUGAGUCCUGGCAGAGCGUCGGAGCGGGAGGCGAUGGAGCGAAGCUGGCAGGCAAGAGGAGGGUGAACGGGUCCGUGGCUCGCCAGGAAAAGAGUCACAACCUCAUCGAGGUGGCGGCCGACGCUCCCUCUAAGAAAUCCGGGGGUUACUUCACAGCUCCGGCGCAGCCCGACCCGGACGACCAGUUCAUCAUCCCCCCCGAGCUGGAGGAGGAGGUGAAGGAGAUCAUGAAGCAGCAUCAGCAAAAACAGCAGAAGCCGCCGGGGGCCGACCAACCCACGGACUAUUACGACACCCCUCUCUGAACGGCGAGAGCGGCCCCGCGUCCUUCGCGCCACCGUAACCACUCUGAUGUCCACACAAAGACACACAAAGAAAUGGAGGCUGCGAAGUGCACACGAAAAAGUUUCGUCCGGCUUUUUCCGAGCGGCCUCAUCAUUGGAGAAACGUGCACUGCAACCGCUCCACCCGAACUCAUAGAAUGAAACAAGCAAAUGAGCCCUUUAAUGAUACUCAACCCUUUUGAAUAGCCUGGACACAGCCCCUAGUGUUCAUGGUCGUGCCCUUCUCGCAGACCGUGGAACGUUAUUUUUAGACAACCAGCUGAGUAUGUAAUCAACACUAGUCUCUUUGCAAUAGCAUUAGCCACAACACUUGUUAAUAUGGAUAGCAAUUCCAUGGUUUGUUUAUUUGUUUGUUUGUUUGUUUGUUUUGUAAGAACUUACCAUAUCUUUUAAUGUGAAAGCAGUGAAGUUGCUGAAAGAACUUUUUAAAAACAGAGACACAUAUUCUUUUUAUUAUCAGUAAAAUAUGUUGAAUGGUACACCAUUAAUACCACACCUAACUGUUGUAGAUAGGGCACUUAAAAUACUGUAUUUCUUCAGUAAAUCAUGGCUCUUGGCCUGUAAAAUGGCAUAGAAUUUUUUUGUAGAAAUUUGCAAUACUAACUCCUAGGAGUUGCAUACUCUUUAUGGUGACUCAGUCACUUUUACUAAUCUUCUCUGAGAGAAAUGGUGAUUUUUUUUUUCCAAUGAUUGUAAAUAAGAGAAAUGUUGUAUACUGAUGCUUUUAAAAGGAACUGCGUACCUGUAUGUCGGUGAAGGUUUUAGUGGUGGGGAGGAUGUGUUUGUUUGCUGUUUUGGAGGUGACGCCCCCUCCUCCCUUAUCUGAAAAAGUAGACACACACACACACACACACGGACAAGGCCACACACAAACACACCCACACACAAAUGUAAAUGUGCAAUUGCAGGUCGGAAACCCCAACAUUCCAUGCAAUAUAACUACACUACGUUGCUAUGGUUUGCUCCACUUUGUUUAACUGUGAUGUCCUGUAGUCAUCACUGUAUCUAUUGAACACUAAUAUCAACUGAUAUUUGCAUGCACACACACACACACACACACACACACACACACAUACAUACAGACAUAACACAGAAACACACAUACAUGGACACUCACAGGUAAUAUUAGCCCCACCUCCCUCCUACAGUAACUGUUCUCACCGGCAUGACUGUGUCAAGUUCAGUAAUACAAACAAAUAUAUCCACAUGGAAAAGAGACAACACAAAUGUUCCUGUCUUUGGUAUAAUAAAUUUUAAAUUUGUGAAUAUAA